AUGGCUGCUAGCUUUUUGAAUACGGAUGAGGCGUCCCCCGCGGCGCUGACAGACCUGUGUCUGACUUAUGUAAGCCAGAACCUCAGGUAUUACUGUCAGAAGCGCCCUGAUGGAUCACUGUGUUUAAGAGAGGCGGUGCUGUUUCCACAAGAGCUUGCAGACCAGCUUCUAGCUAAGAUGGCUCUUGAAGGUCUUUUAAAUGACAGUACAGCAGGAGUCUUUCGGAACAGUGAAUUUCUUCGUUUGAGGAGAGCCUGUAUUAGGACUGCACGCAUCUCUGCCGAGGCCUUUCAGAGGGCCCUCUGUCCACACAGGCUGCUGGAGCUUGAUGCUGCUAGAGUGAAUGCAGAUCUCACAAUACCAGAUAUUUUACAAGGCUUGGCCACCAAUAAGUAUUGCCUGGAAUCCCUCCAGAGACUUGUGCUAACAGGUCUAACUAUGUCCUCUCUGGAAGAACCUAUCCAGCAUCGAUUCAGCUCCCUGCACGCUUUGCGCUCCUUGUCUUUAGCUAAUGUGGACUUUUAUGACUCUGGGCUCAUUGACGUCUGCUCCUUACCCCGUUUGGAGAGCCUGGAUCUGUCCAACACAUCUGUCACCAACCUGACUCCUCUCUUAGGUCUAAAGGAAAGGCUACGCUCUUUGACUUUGCAUCAGCUAAAGAGACUAGAAAUGAGCACUGCACAGCUCCUGGGGGUCAUUGGCCAGUUGGAUGUAUUGCAGCAUCUGGAUAUUAGUGAUGACAAACAGUUCACUUCUGAUGUGGCCCGUCAACUUCUCGGACAGCCUGGAAUUUUGCCUGCUCUUGUUUCACUAGACGUGUCGGGAAGAAAACAUGUCACUGAUGCAGCCAUUAAAGUAUUUGUUGAGGAGAGGCCAGGAAUGACGUUUCUUGGACUUCUUGCUACAGAUGCUGGAUUUUCAGAUUUCCUUUCUGGAGAAGGAAAUCUGAAGGUCACUGGAGAGGCCAAUGAGACACAGAUAUGUGAAGCACUUCGCAGGUACAGUGAGAGAGAAGGUUUUGUCAGAGAAGCUCUUUUCCAUCUUUUUAGUCUCACCCACGUUAUGGAAAAGCCAAGACCAGAUAUCCUUAAGCUAGUUGUUUUGGGAAUGAGGAAUCACCCAGCCACUCUGAAUGUCCAGCUUGCUGCCAGUGCAUGUGUCUUCAACCUCACAAAGCAGGACCUGGCAGCAGGAAUGCCAGUGCGACUUUUGAGCACUGUCACUCAACUUCUCUUAGAGGCUAUGAGGACAUUUCCUAACCAUCAGCAGUUACAGAAAAACUGCCUGCUGUCUUUGUGCAGUGAUCGUAUUUUACAGGAAGUCCCCUUUAAUAGAUUUGAAGCAGCUAAACUGGUGAUGCAGUGGCUUUGUAAUCACGAAGACCAAAACAUGCAGAGGAUGGCUGUCGCUAUCAUCUCUAUUCUUGCUGCUAAAUUGUCCACAGAGCAAACAGCGCAGCUUGGAGCAGAGUUGUUCAUAGUCAAGCAACUACUGCAUAUAGUUCGGCAGAAGGCUACCCAAGGUGUGGUGGAUGCCACUCUGAAGUUCACCCUGAGUGCACUAUGGAAUCUUACAGAUGAAUCGCCAACAACCUGUCAACAUUUCAUUGAGAACCAAGGAUUGGACCUAUUUAUAAAAGUUCUGGAGUCGUUCCCUAAUGAAUCCUCCAUUCAACAGAAGGUCCUGGGAUUGCUGAAUAAUAUAGCAGAGGUAGCAGAGCUCCAUGGAGAGCUGAUGGUGCAGGGUUUUCUGGACCACAUUAGCACUUUACUUCACAGUUCAGAGGUGGAGGUCAGUUACUUUGCGGCAGGAAUCUUGGCCCAUCUCACAUCCAGAGGAGAAGAGACCUGGACACUCAGCCCCAGUUUGAGGUCCACGCUGCUUGAACAACUUCACGAUGUAAUUACAAAGUGGCCCCCUCCAGAGUGUGAAAUGGUUGCUUACAGGUCAUUCAACCCUUUCUUUCCUCUUCUCGAGUGCUUUCACACACCUGGUGUCCAGUUGUGGGCAGCUUGGGCCAUGCAGCAUGUUUGCAGUAAGAAUGCUUCUCGUUACUGCAGUAUGUUGUUGGAGGAGGGCGGGCUGCAACAGCUGGAGCAGACGCCCCACAACAUAGUGGUCACACAGAUAUAA